AUGCGACCCGCGCGCUCGGCGUCCUUCGCCGCCGACGCGUCCACGAGCGCGGCGGCAUCGCGCCCGACGCGCGCGACGCCGCGCGCGUCCCGCCGCCGCGUCGCCGCCGCCGCCGUCCGAGCGCGCGCGGCGGCGGCGUCCGCGUCGUCGUCGUCGUCGUCGUCGUCGGAAAAUAAUGCGAAUAAUGCCGACCUCCUCCUCCUCCCACCCCUCGUCGCCCCCGCCGAGCUCCGAGCCUCGCUCCUCGCGUCCGAAGACUUGUGGCGCACGACCGCGCACGCGCGUAUAAGAGGCGCGUCCGGCGACGCCUCCGCGCCGCCGAGGUUCAGGCUGACGUACAUGCCGAUGCGGAACCGCGCGGAGGUGCCGCGGAUGCUCUUGGAACUCUCGGAGACGCCGUACGAGUUCGAGUGCGUCGGGUUCGAGCCGUGGACGCGCGCGAUGAAGCCGCGCAUGGCGUCCGAGCAUCGCGUCGGGUGCUUCGGGAAGCUCCCGGUGCUGUGCGACCUCGACCCCGCGGUCGCGGACGCGCGAGAUGGGUCGCCGCUGCGCGUGGGGCAAGAGACGGCGAUCACGCGGCACCUCGCGGCGCGGCUCGGAUUGGACGGCGGCGACGACGUCCGCGCGCGCGCGACGAUCGACUCCCUCUACGCCUUUUACUUUUCCACGAUGCGCAACAACGGCGUGACGCACGAGGGCGAGCACUACGCCGCGGGCGCGCUGCGCGACGCGCCCGCGGGGUUGCGCGACGACGCGAAGCCGACGACGUAUCGAGCGAUGCGUCGCGUGAACGAUUACUCCGUCGCCGAGCGAUCGAUCGCGACGCUGGGUCACUUCGAGGAGAUUCUGACGCGAAGCGAGACGGGGUGGCUCGGCGGGACCGCGGCGCCGUCGUACGUCGACGUCGCGCUGUUCGUCGAGCUGUUGGAGCUCUCGAUGGCUAUGGGCUUUUGGUCUGCUGGACGUUUGGAGCUCUCGAAGCCGUGCCACACGCCGGACUGGGCCGAGCGGUUCGGGCUUCCCGCGCUCGGCGUUUUCCACGACGAGCUGAGGCGUUUCCCGGGGGUGGCGAAGUACCUCGACGACGCGUCGUACGCGGGCAGGAUGCCGCGAUACGAACGGCCGGGGUAUAGAUACGUGACGUGACGCGACAUAAGACUUAAGACGCGACGCGG